AUGUCCAUCAAAAAGACAUACCAGAAAUUAGGAGAUUGCAAUUCAAUGAAAUCUCAACAAAGGAAAUCACAACAGGAAGUCGACCAACACAAUCCACAAACGUCAACAUUCAACGUCAAAUAUUCAACCAGAAAAUCAGCACAUCCCAAAUCAAGCUCCAACAUCAACACCAACCACAUCGUCAAGAACCAAAAACAAAAAUGUUUUAAAUAA